ACCAAGUGAGGAAACUGGGGGACGCUGUGGGGAGGGGCGUGGGGCUGGAUCGCGCAGCGGCAGCUUCUUUUACCUUCCUCCCAUGGUCUCCUUCCGGUUCUCGAUGCUUCUCUGAGCCUAAGGGUUUCCGCCACUCGUCUACCCUCCCCCAGCCCAUGAUCCGCCUCCCUCCCCCGCCCUCCUGGUCCAAUCUCCGAUCUGUUUAGUAAGAAGGUGCUGUUCCGAGAAGGAGAAGGAAAAGGGCUUGGCACGUAUUCACUCGGUCCCGGACGUGGGAAGCAAGCCGUCUGGCUUCGGCCUCACAUCGGUCCUGUGCUUGCGACGGCGGCGUUGGCGGACUGAUCCGCGGCGGUGAAGAGGCGCCUGUGUCUGGCAGAGCCGGUGUGAGACGAGACAAUCCUGCCCCGCCGCUGGGAUAAUCAAGAGUUUUGGCCGGACCUUUCAGCAUACACCGAGAGAGUGAGGAGCCAGACGACAAGCACACACUAUGGCGCUGAAACGGAUUAAUAAGGAACUUAGUGAUUUGGCCCGUGACCCUCCAGCACAAUGUUCUGCAGGUCCAGUUGGGGAUGAUAUGUUUCAUUGGCAAGCCACAAUUAUGGGACCUAAUGACAGCCCAUAUCAAGGCGGUGUAUUCUUUUUGACAAUUCAUUUUCCUACAGACUACCCCUUCAAACCACCUAAGGUUGCAUUUACAACAAGAAUUUAUCAUCCAAAUAUUAACAGUAAUGGCAGCAUUUGUCUUGAUAUUCUAAGAUCACAGUGGUCGCCUGCUUUAACAAUUUCUAAAGUUCUUUUAUCCAUUUGUUCACUGCUAUGUGAUCCAAACCCAGAUGACCCCCUAGUGCCAGAGAUUGCACGGAUCUAUAAAACAGACAGAGAUAAGUACAACAGAAUAUCUCGGGAAUGGACUCAGAAGUAUGCCAUGUGAUGCUACCUUAAAGUCAGAAUAACCUGCAUUAUAGCUGGAAUAAACUUUAAAUUACUGUUCCUUUUUUGAUUUCCUUAUCCGGCUGCUCCCCUGUCAGACCUCAUCUUUUUUAAUUUUAUUUUUUGUUUACCUCCCUCCAUUCAUUCACAUGCUCAUCUGAGAAGACUUAAGUUCUUCCAGCUUUGGACAAUAACUGCUUUUAGAAACUGUAAAGUAGUUACAAGAGAACAGUUGCCCAAGACUCAGAAUUAAAAAAAAAAAAAAAUGGAGCAUGUGUAUUAUGUGGCCAAUGUCUUCACUCUAACUUGGUUAUGAGACUAAAACCAUUCCUCACUGCUCUAACAUGCUGAAGAAAUCAUCUGAGGGGGAGGGAGAUGGAUGCUCAGUUGUCACAUCAAAGGAUACAGCAUUAUUCUAGCAGCAUCCAUUCUUGUUUAAGCCUUCCACUGUUAGAGAUUUGAGGUUACAUGAUAUACUUUAUGCUCAUAACUGAUGUGGCUGGAGAAUUGGUAUUGAAUUUAUAGCAUCAGCAGAACAGAAAAUGUGAUGUAUUUUAUGCAUGUCAAUAAAGGAAUGACCUGUUCUUGUUCUACAGAGAAUGGAAAUUGGAAGUCAAACACCCUUUGUAUUCCAAAAUAGGGUCUCAAACAUUUUGUAAUUUUCAUUUAAAUUGUUAGGAGGCUUGGAGCUAUUAGUUAAUCUAUCUUCCAAUACACUGUUUAAUAUAGCACUGAAUAAAUGAUGCAAGUUGUCAAUGGAUGAGUGAUCAACUAAUAGCUCUGCUAGUAAUUGAUUUAUUUUUCUUCAAUAAAGUUGCAUAAACCAAUGAGUUAGCUGCCUGGAUUAAUCAGUAUGGGAAACAAUCUUUUGUAAAUGCAAAGCUGUUUUUUGUAUAUACUGUUGGGAUUUGCUUCAUUGUUUGACAUCAAAUGAUGAUGUAAAGUUCGAAAGAGUGGAUAUUUUGCCAUGUUCAGUUAAAGUGCACAGUCUGUUACAGGUUGACACAUUGCUUGACCUGAUUUAUGCAGAAUUAAUAAGCUAUUUGGAUAGUGUAGCUUUAAUGUGCUGCACAUGAUACUGGCAGCCCUAGAGUUCAUAGAUGGACUUCUGGGACCCAGCAGUUUUGAAAUGUGUUUAUGGAGUUUAAGAAAUUUAUUUUCCAGGUGCAGCCCCUGUCUAACUGAAAUUUCUCUUCACCUUGUACACUUGACAGCUGAAAAAAAAACAUAACAUGGGAGUAAUAAUGGGUCAAAAUUUGCAAAAUAAAGUACUGUUUUGGUGUGGGAGUUGUCAUGAGGCUGUGUUGAAGUGACUUAUCUAUGUGGGAUAUUGAGUAUCCAUUGAAAUGGAUUUGUUCAGCCAUUUACAUUAAUGAGCAUUUAAAUGCAACAGAUAUCAUUUCAGGUGACUUAACAUGAAUGAAUAAAAGUCAAUGCUAUUGGAUUGUUUUUUGUUUGACAAGUGCUAUCUGUGCCACUAAUUUAACUUCUGUAGUAACAAGGGCAUUACCAUUCUUCACCUUUCCUAAUUCUGAUCCCAUAGUUUUACAUGUUUCCUGGUUAUUUUGAUUUUGUCCACUGCUUUAUUUCUUAAAGUUUUAGCACAUCUGUGAAUCUUCCACUUCCACAUUUUUGCACUGCUUACACUUAUGUGCAAUCUUAUUCCUUGUCUGCACACAGAUGUGGAAAGCUAGAAAUAAAUGUUAAAACUUACUUUUUAUAAACAUUUUAAUAUGUAGUUUGGACAUGAUUUAUUGACUUGAGGUUCUUCUCUAAACUGGAAGUGAAAUGCAUGCCUUCUGAAGAUGUUCUGGCUUUGUUAAUUCUGCAAUCAUUUCAUUGGGAAAAAACCAGCUAUGCAGUUUUUCCAAUGAGUGAAUUUUUUCAUUUUGUCUUUUGCUUAAAAUGGCUCCUUCAGGGUAGAUGUCAUACUGCAUAACUUUUUUGGAUUCAAAUUAUGAAUGAGAAAUAUUAGUUACAUUCUGCUCCGCAAGGUAAGAAAAACUGCUCUUUGGCUCUGUUUUCAAAAUUACUUCUGAGAUGCAUAUACUCAAAAUAACAGCUUUAGUAGGCAUAUCACUUCUUGAAAGCCAAACAUGAGUGUAAAACACUUCUAUGGAACACAGUGGAUCCCUAAUUGGCUUUCAAAUUGACCUUUAUAGCCUUAGACAACCUUAGGUAUUUACAGAGAUGACUUCUUUGAUUGUCAUAACAAUUAGUGGAUGUGUCCAGUUCUCUGUAUCUUUGACUUGAUGCUUUAUACAUCAUUUCAUUUGUUGCUUCUAAGGGAAUAAGCCAUAGAGGCUUCUCCAGGUUUAAAAGAACAGUGAAGUACCUGGAAAACCAACAUUUUUGAAUGUAUGGAUACUGGACAUGAAAUCAUGUACAAUGAAAUCUUCAAAAGAAUCUAAGAAUUUGCCCUUUCCCCCACUCCACCCAAUAAUUUGACAUUACUAGUGCCAUGUAUAGGACCCAACUGAGUAUUAGAAUCAUUUUUGACUAUGUCUGUGUAUUUCCUAGAUCUUUUAAUGCGUAAACUCUAAGGUCCAGUUGGCCUGUUAAUUGGUAAAUUUACAUUUUAAGUGACUCAAUUUGUUUUUCCUGGGCGAGUUUGCAAUGUGAUAAUCAGAUUUUUUAAAGCUGAUUAAUUUGCUUUCUUGUGUGGGUGUACUCACAUUUUAAAGUAUGAACCACAGUUAACUAGUGGUCUCAGGGGUAGUGAAACACUCACUUUUUUUUUGUUUUUUGUUUUGGCUUUUUUUUUUUUUUUUUUUUUGAAAUGGCUUAGUUGAAGUAUACUUAAAGGGACUGAUCAUGCUGUGUUAGUGAUUUGGGUGGGGAGGGGGGGUAACUCAAAUUAGCCAUGUUUUGUGUUGGCAUAACAAAACUGUUAAUGAUUGUUGAUUACACUUUUAAGUGAAUUUGUCUUUUAUGAGGAACCCAGUGCAAGUCACUAAAUAUUGUCUAAUAGUGACAUGUGCAUAAGACUUGUAAUAGCUAAAGUUAAUUGAGCUUAAAGGAAUUGUUACCAUUAAAGUCUGUGUUUAAAG